GCUAAUUACUGUAACUAGGCCUUGUGAAAUAAAGAAUUACACAAUUGUAAUUAACAAUUGCAUUUUAAUUACAUAUAAAUAUUACUAUUUAAUGAUUGUAUUUAAAGAAGUACUAAGAUAUGAAUUUUUUAAUCAAGUAAAUAACGAUUUAUUAUAUUAUACGAAGUAUAUAUAGACUAUUUAAAAUUUUGGGCCUUCUGAAAUCGAGAGGUCUUGUGCGGUAGCACUUCUUGCACGCCCUCAUCUAUGGCCCUGGGCCAUCCGUCGUCCACAAAACUUCAAAUUUUCUAACUGCCGAUUAGCCGGUAGAUCCGGAUUUCGCGAACCAACGUUGUGUGUCGCUCUUCGCCUGUGAUUUCUUCUAUCUUCCGCUCAUCGUCCACAACCAAAACUUACCUAACUGCCGUCGUACGCCGCUGGUCUCUCAUGUCUUCCUCAACCGCCGACUGUUGGCCACAAUAUCUCCAUCCGCCGCCGCCGCCCAUCCAAAGAAAGAUAAUCGGGAAGACUGGAAAAAAGAAAGAAAAGAACGUGGAAAAGAAAGAAAUUGGGGGAGGGGAAAGAAAGGGCACGGGAAGAAGAAGAAAAGAAAUAAAGAGACUGGUCGCUGCAACUUUAAGGAUGGGAAGAAGAAGUCAGGGAAAGAAUAAAGAAAGAGAAAAAGUAAAAGAAAAAGAAAAAAGUAAUGAACGAAAAAUCAGAAUCAUUGCCACAUGGGUGUCCACGUCACCUAUUACCGGCAACAUUUAUAUCCAACCGGC